AUGGAAAGAAGAUGGUCUUUCCUCUUGGCAGUCCUUGCCCUAGUUUUCAUUUCCAUGGAAGCUACCAAUGCGCAAGGCAACAGCAAGAAGAAGGCACCGUACGAUGCUGCUUCAACGCAUUACGAUGUUUUGGCACCGAGCAGUAGCGGACGAGAAAGAGUUUAUUGCCAAGCGAGAGGAGCCUGUAAUGGAAAGGUACUCACAUGUCCCAAACAAUGCCCUCAAAGGAAGCCCAAGAAGAAUAAGAAGGUCAAAGGAUGCUUCUUUGAUUGCAGCAGCAAAUGUGAUGUCACCUGCAAAUGGAGAAAGCCGAACUGUAAUGGAUACGGGUCUCUAUGUUAUGAUCCGAGGUUUGUUGGUGGUGAUGGAGUUAUGUUCUACUUCCAUGGAGCCAAGGGAGGAAACUUCGCCAUUGUAUCGGACGAUAACCUCCAAAUCAAUGCACAUUUCAUCGGAACUCGACCGGAAGGACGUACACGAGACUAUACGUGGGUGCAAGCCCUUGCCAUCAUGUUCGACAAAUACACUCUAGUCCUCGCCACAAAGAGGGUGUCUAAAUGGGAUGAAAGCUUCGAUGCUCUCACCGUACGAUGGGACGGCGAAGACGUAAACCUACCUACCGAAGGAGACGCCGAAUGGAGGACUAAUUCCGAAGAAAGGGAGGUCAUAGUCGAAAGGACCGACAAAACCAACGGCGUUAAAGUCACGGUUGCGGGGCUGGCGGAGUUGAACGUAAGAGUUAGAGCCAUAGGUGAACAUGAGAACAAGGUUCACAAUUACCAGUUGCCACCUGAUGAUGCCUUUGCACAUUUGGAAACACAGUUCAAGUUCACCCAACUGAGCCCUCUAGUGGAAGGAGUGUUAGGAAAGACUUAUCGGCCGGACUACGUUAGCACCGUGAAACGAGGCGUGCCGAUGCCGAUGAUGGGCGGUGAAGACAAAUACGUGACACAAUCGCUAUAUUCGCCUCUCUGCAGUGCUUGCAGGUUUAAAGGACAAGCCGGUUCAGCUUCAAUAUAAGGAUAAGCUCAAUGUAUACUGAUUUAAAAAAAAAAAGGCAUACAUGCAAUGUAUGUAUAUUUUGUUUCCUUUGUGAUUGAAAUUGUAACGUUAAUAAGGGCUAGGAUUUUGCCCAUGAUAUUAUCAUUUAUUU